UUUUCUGGCAGUCUCUCUUGCUGAGCGAGAGAUCCCUCUAGAAGUAGAGCCUUCUCUCCUGUGUACGUCCCGCCGUACCAGUUAGCCUCAGACCUUCUGCUAACAGCAUGCAACCUCUGAUGAAAGCAGCAUCACUGCUCUCCGGCCAUGAUUUCAUCGUUCCCACACCACCCGCAACGCCUCUGCCGUAGAAAUACAGCUCUGCGUCGCCGCUCCUAGCUUGAGCCACUGAACGAUACGGACCCCACAAUGGACGAACCUAUGCGUCUCAGGUGACCGUUGAGAGAGUGCGCAUCAUGGCCGUCCCUCAGGGAGGAAAUCCCCAUACCGGAAAUCGCGAUGCGAACGCAGCUUGUUCAGUCGCCAUCCGUAGCUGGCAAGGGCUGUCGGACGACGAUUACGAGGAGGCUUUUCACGAGUUCGUCGUGGUCGCACACACUCGCGAUCUCCCUCGCGUACCCUCUGGCCGUCCCUUCGCUCUCGUCGUCGAGGCAGCGGAGUUACUAAAUUUCAACCCUUCGCUGGCGUUGGAGCUGCAUGGCAACGCCAGGCGCAUGCUACCCCUGUUUGACCUCGCGCUUGCUCGAGCCAUGGAGGAGCUAUGGGCCAAGCAGGCUGAGCAGGAAGAGGAGGAAGCUGCUGUGGCGGGUGCAGCAGCAGCGGGUGCAGCAGUGCAAGGAGCAGGAGGUAGAAGCGGAGGGAAAAGAGCUCGUCAGCAUCUCCAGUACGCAGUGAACGCAUGUGUGCGCAUCAACACGCUGGGAUCCGCGUUUGCUUGCGGAGAGGCGUCCCCAGGCAUAGGGGCUCUGCGGGUGAGGCACGAGGGGCAGCUGCUGACAGUUACCGGCACAGUUGUGCGCACAGGCACCGUGCAGAUGCUGGAAGGGCUGCGAGCAUUCACCUGCACCACAUGCAAGAGAACGUUCACAUGCUCGCCUGAACCAGAGGAGGGGUAUGCAGUGGAGGUGCCGUCUGCCUGUCCUUAUGCCGACAGUAAGCGGCGCAAGCGGUGCAAGGGGCGGGUGUUUGUCCCAGCCGACGGUCAGCGCAGCAACAGCAGCAGCAGUGGUGGUGGUGGUGGUGGUGGUGGUGGUGGUGUGGGGCGUGGUGCGUGCAUGGACUUCCAGGAGCUGAAGCUACAGGAGCACGUGCACGACCUGCCUGCCGGCCGCCUGCCGCGCUCCGUGCGUGUCGUGCUGUCAAGAGACCUCGUUGACACUGUGCUGCCUGGCGAGGAUGUGGUGGUGGUGGGGGUGAUGGCUUGUCGCUGGCGCUCUGUCUCUCCUGGUGCUCGUUGCCUGCUGGAGCCCAUCCUGUGCGCCAACAACAUCUGCAGGAGCAGUGCACAGGAGUUGGAGGAGCAGGGCGAGGAGGACGAGGAGGAGUUUGAGGAUUUCUGGUGUGCUCAUGCCAGCAAUCCCCUCGCAGGUCGGGACAUUAUCCUGCGCAGCAUCUGCCCCCAAGUGUACGGCCUUGCUGCCGUCAAGCUCGCAGUAGCGUUGAUGCUGAUAGGAGGAGUGCCGCACACGGAUCCCUCAGGCACCCGCGUGCGAGGGGAGAUGCACCUGCUGCUCGUUGGCGACCCAGGCACGGGCAAGUCUCAGUUCCUCAAGUACGCAUCGAGGCUGUGCCAUCGCUCCGUGCUCACCACCGGGCUGGGAAGCAGCUCCGCUGGCCUCACCGUCACUGCCGUCAAGGACGCAGGUCAGUGGAUGCUGGAGCCAGGGGCUCUUGUUCUGGCUGAUGGGGGGCUCUGCUGCAUCGAUGAAUUUAGCAGCAUUCAGAAGGACGACCAGGCAGCCGUGCAUGAAGCCAUGGAGCAGCAGACAAUAAGCAUCGCUAAGGCUGGCAUAGUCACCACUCUACCGUCCCGCUGCAGUGUCUUUGCUGUCACAAAUCCCAAGGGCACAUACGACCCUGACACCUCGCUGGUGGCGAACACAGCGAUAGCGAGCCCCCUGCUGAGCCGCUUUGACCUCGUGCUCGUGCUGCCCGACACCUCCGAGGCCGCGUGGGACAACCGUGUGGCUCAACACAUUCUUGCCGAGCACACUAUCGUCUCCUCCACUCCACCCACCGACCUCUGGUCGAUACAAAAGCUCCGCAGCUACAUCCGCCAUGUGCGCCAGUCGUUCGCACCCAUGGUAUCAGAGGACGCACAUGCGGUCAUCAGUGCGUACUACCGCCAGCAGCGACGCGACGCAGAGGACAAUGCAGCACGCACCACCCUCCGAAUGCUGGAGAGCUGCAUCCGCAUAGCACAAGCGCAUGCGCGGCUCAUGUUCCGCACGGCAGUGCUGCGCCAGGAUGCAGUGAUAGCCGUCACAGCCAUGGACGCAUCCAUGUCCGCCUCACGCCUCUUCCACUCCCACACCCCUGCCAACGCUGCCUUCCCCGACGACCCUGCUGCCGCUUACUGUGAUAUGGAAGCAGCAGUGCUGCAGCAGCUAGGCCUGUCCACCACUGACUCCGACACACCCACUCAGCCACCCUCCUCCUCCACCCCUUCACCUGGAUAUCCCUUCACCACUCCUCUCACCCCCCAUCGACACCACAAUGCUUAUUCCACGAGGCGUGGUACAGCACAUGGGGGGUUCACACCAGGCCAAAGGCACAAGAAGUCAGUGGCAGCACCGCCGCCAGCAGCAGCAGCAGCAGCAGCAGGAGCUGGAGAAUCACAGCCAGUGAGAGCGGCUGCAGGGACGCAGGCAGCAGCACAUGGGCCCAGUGUGGGCGGACCCAGGUUGCAGCAGUGCUCUAAGGGAAGAGGGUGGAGGCCAGCGCAGAGAGAGCAAGGAGAGGGCGAGGGAGGUGUGCGCGUGCAGCGGCAACCGACUGGUCCUUGCCGGCCGCCUGCUACUACUGUGAGGACUGGCAGAAGAGCCACUGGAAGGGGAGACGAGUAGCUGCAUGCAUACACUCAAGAGUACUACAUGUAGAGUUUAUUGGUCUCAUGAAUAGUGACUCUCUGUUCCUGCGAUGAGGUAUUCAGAGUCUGCUGUUGCAUUAGUCCCUCGAGCUCCGAGCAAACGGCUUUCGGUAACAUGAAGGCUCACUUCAACUGCAUGCGCUCUUGUGUAAAUAGUUCUGACAGGUGUGUGGUGCAGCAGCAGGCAUCAAGUGGAGCAUUCUUUUAGUCAA